AUGGAUCGACGGGAGAUUCUUUCCAAAGGGUCAGCGAUCCAAAAGGCGAUUGCGGCGAAAGAGCCAUCGGAAAACAUAUUGACGAUUCUGCGGGACCUGAAGGCGAAUGUGCGACCGAGCGAAGACCUACUGCGAUCGACGGGGAUCGGCAAGAUCGUGAACAAAGUCAAGGGAAUCCCCGGCAUGGAUCCGCAAGUGGCACAGUUGGCUUCAGAGAUUAUUAGUCGAUGGAGACACAUUGUGAACGAGCAGAAGCUGGCCAGCGGGACUUCGACGCCAGUCGGGGCGCGAUCCAACGGGACGAGUUCACCGGCACCGAAAGCAAACACGCCGACGCCCAAGGCGGCCAGUCCGGCCGGCGUGGCACCAGACAAGCGAAACUGGAAGGCCGACAAAGUGCCGCGCGACGACCUGACCAACGACACGGCGCGGAAUAACUGCAUAGGACUCAUGUACGAUGGAUUGUGUCUGGGGUCGGACUUGCCGAUGAAGCAGAUUCUGGAUCUGGCCAAAGAGAUUGAGUCGGCGGCGCUGAACUUGCCGGAAGCCAAGGGGUCGUCCAGUUCGCCCGUGUACAAGGACAAGAUCCGGUCUUUGUAUCAAAACCUCAAGAAUAAAUCCAACCCGGGGCUACGCAAGCGGAUCCUCAGCGGGGAAGUGACGGCGGUGCGGUUUGUGAGCAUGACACACGAGGAAAUGAAGUCCAAGCAGCAGCGGGAGGAGGAAAUCAAAAUCGCAAAGGAGAACAUGAACAAUGCCAUGGUUGCCCAAGAGGAAAAAUCCGUCAGCACCAGUCUCGAGUGUGGCAAGUGUCAUCAGAAGAAAGUCAGUUACUCCCAGGCCCAGACUAGGAGUGCUGAUGAACCGAUGACUACCUUUUGCGAAUGUUUGAAUUGUGGGAAUCGGUGGAAGUUUUCAUGA